AUGCCUGUUCUCGCCUUCUUCCCCGCCACCCCUUAUGGCUCGUCACCGGGUGAGCUCCAAGACACGCCGUACAUCACAUCCUUCACCGAUCGUCCAGACUGGCAUUCGUGGAAUGCCAAUGGCCCCUUCGCCGCCGUCGGACGUGCGCUGAGACAUGCUACCGAGUUUGUCGUUCAAUUCAUCCACAACCACCAGAUUAUAUUAGCCCUUCUCCUCGCCGCGGUCCUCGCUUUCGUGUUCCUGCGUCUUUUCGAGAUUGUGGUGUACCGCGCCGGGUUCGGCAGGCAGGGACCUCAAAGGAGAUCCUUGGCAGCGCGUAUCCAGGGCAGAACGUAUGGAGUCGCGGUCCCGGCGGGGUCUUCGUUCUCUCAUCUGCAGGCCGUAGGCGCCCGGGGCGAGUUGCGGCGUCCUGUAUACCUCUUUGUCGUGCUCGUGGUCGAGGCUACUGUUGGGAUCGCCGCAGCCUGUCGAUGGCUUUCGCCUGAGGGUAGCCUGCCUCAGGGCGAAGUCCGAAGUAGAACCCUCGCGUUGCUUUCGCCUGAGGAUGUAGCGAGCAAAGCCGGUUGGGACUCAAUGACCACGACACAGCGAUUGCCAGUUCCAAUCCAACAAACAGUUAAACGUGAGCGUAACUGGCCAGAUCAGGUCCACGAGCGGACGUGGAAAUCGGCACUUUCCCAACGCAAAGACAAUUCCCCGUUUCCCUGCUCCUCCAUAAGGUCUCUGAAACGAUGGGUCGGAUCGACGACCUACCGACUGAACUCCUGGAGCGCACACUCGAGAAGUUGGAAAUUCAAGCUCUGGUGGCGUGUCGGCAGCUGAGCCGACGUGUCAAACGAGUCAUCGAUGAGUCCGUCGUUCUCCAGUACAAGAUCGAGCUGGAAACUGCCGGUAUGGAAGACGGCCCGCGUAGUGAGAUCAGUACCGCGGAACGAUUGCAGCGUCUACGUAAACAUACCGACUCUUGGGCCAGCACACAGUUCGGAUCCGUGGAGAAGCUGCGCGGCGGCAGAGGCAGUAUGCUGCGUCUCUCGGGCAAUGUAUUCUGUCGGUGUCUCGGCCCAUCAACGCUGGUGCUCAAUAUCCUCCCCGGGAAUUUACGAGGAGUCAAGGCGAAGGAAUGGCGGCUCGACGAUUUAGGAUUUGUGAUCGAAAACUACGCGAUAGAUGCUGCUCAAGAUCUGCUUGUGAUCGUUUCCCGAACGCCUGAACAAGAUGGGGCAGCCGUGAGUUCGUCAACGCACAUGAUUCACUGCCUGUCUCUUUCGACUGGGCAAGCACACCCGCAUGCAGCACGUCCCAAAAUACUGCUUCCGGGCAACUUGGUGUAUGACGACAACGGGUGGCUCAAACUUCGUCUGUCGGGAGACUUUAUUGGUGUGAUGUUGCCGUACACUCCAGACUUGAGUGCACAGCAUUACCAGGAACAUCUGGUCGUCUGUGCCUGGAAAGAAGGUACUGUAUGUAUGUGGCUGAGUGAGGCAUCUGGCCUCGAGGACUUCACGGUCGUAGAAGGCUUCCUGCUUACAGGUAUACGGCCUAGGAUGAGCGAGAAGCCACGCUUGGAGGCUUACAGCAUCGACAAACACUCAGCAUAUACGGAGCCCGUCCCAUUCACCAAGUUGUACCUCGACCUAUGGGAGGAUACUGGGAUUUGGCGUUGA